CCAAGAAUUCCGGAUCGGGAUGUCUUGUUUCCGAACUACGUUGGUUACACCGCCAAGCAACUGGGAUUCUGUCAGCCGAAAGUAAUCAUACCGAAGAAGAAGCCUGAGGAGCCCAGUGGCAUACGCAGUAGCGCAAAUAUUGCUGCCGCAAAGCUGGCAGAUCCAUCAUACGCUGCAAAGCAGAGAAAACCGCGGAAGAAAACAUGGCAGGAUUUGCUGCGAGAACAUCUUCGCGCGUUGCAGCCGCCCCCAGAGCCUCGUAAAAAAGCCCAGUCUAAACGUCGCAAAAUUGAAGAAGCUCCAAAGCCACCAGCCGAGGAUGAAGAUUUCUUCGAUAAAUUUUUCCCGAAGAAACCGAAGGAUAAGCCACUAUCAGCUGGCAGAAGAAAGAAAAAAUUUGAUGAUAAGGAAAAAGCAGAGGAAAGGGAUGAGAGUGGAAAGAAGGCCGGGGAUGAAACAAACAAAAUGCAGAAGGACGGGGAUGAUCGAACAGAGAAGGAACGAAAGAAAAAGAAAAAGAAGAAUGAUAAGGAUACGACAAAGCCAAAGAAGGAUAAACACCGAAAAAAGGCAAAGGAAUAUGCGAAUGGAAUGGAUGAGUUGGAUAAGGAUGGAACGGAACAGAGCGAUGCAGGGCUGCAGGAUAAAACAGUGAACACGAGUGUAGCACUUCCAUCUCUCACAGAUAAUGCUGCUCAAGGUAAAAACACUGAUCUUCAAAUCCGGUUGACUUUUUGA